AUGGCCGCAGAUCAUUCUGAGUGUGGUCCAGACUCCUGUGGUCCCCUUGCUGAAUGUACCAGUACCCCUGUGGGAGGCUGUGUUUGUGUCUCUGGGUAUGAAAUCCCCCCUGAGCACAUUCCUGUUAAUGGUUCCUAUGGCUGUGUUGACAUCGAUGAGUGUGUGAGAACUGCUGAUAUCUGCGGUCCGGAUACCAUAUGCACCAACGUCAAUGGAACGUACAACUGUACCUGUCUGCCAGGAUUCAACAACACUAAUCCAGCAGAGAAACUAGGAACGACUCCCUCCUGUGAAGACAUUGACGAGUGUCUCGAAUACCCCUGCGAUAUUGACGAGUGUUUCAAUUCCACCGUCUGCGGCCCUCGUACCAACUGCACCAAUGUUCCUGGAAAACAUAUCUGCCAGUGUGAGCCGGGAUACAUAGCCACCGACCCGUCCAUGGCCCCUGAUGAGGACAACACCUGUGAAGAUGCUGAUGAGUGUGUGGAAGACGUCACCAUCUGCGGUCCUGAGGCCGUCUGUAACAACACAAUCGGGGCCCAUUUCUGCACCUGUAACCACGGUUACCGCGUCGACCUCUCAGAUAUGAUCGCCAGCUCUGAAAAUCCAUGCAAUGACAUCGAUGAAUGCAGUGAGACGGUGGAUCUUUGUGGAACUAAAACCGUGUGUACCAACGCACCAGGGACCUUCGACUGCUCCUGUCCUGAUGGCUAUUACCCCUCAACGGGGGUCAUUUGGGAACCUGUUGUCACGUUCUGCCAAAGUCUUCAGGACAUUCUUGAUGCGAUUGAACCUCCAGAGGGACAAACAAAGGAAAGAGCUUUUCUUGGAAAUAUCGCCCAACAGCUGAAGAAUAAUGCAGGCGUCAUUCUGUCAGAAGCGACAGUCAAAAAUGGCUUUUCUGCAUCAAUGGAAGUGUCAGGUGCUAACUCUAAGUCGCCCAAGGCGGUGACCAGUGAUGGAGAUGCAGAUACAGGCAGUGUGAUCCUGGACAUCUCUGAGGGUCUGGUUUCUUCCCUUGUAGAACCCAGCCAGAACGGAACCAACAAGACGCUCCAGACUGCAGUAGUAGAUUUGAGAAUACAGACCUUCAGUCUUGGAAGCAGUAAUGGAGAGAGUAAUGUCCUUUCGGUCAAAGGGAUCAGCAUGGAGGUCAACCUCGAGGCUCUCGCUCAGGACAACAAUGGAUCGGCAGCAGCUGCAGUCCUCACCCUCCGCGACAUGGAGAGGCUUCUCAUUCCCCGCUUCUUACAGACCAAGAACCAGACUGAGAUGAACUCUGACAUCAUCACCGCCUUCCUACCCAAAACCAAGCACUCCAACUUCUCCCAACCCGUCAACUUCACCAUCCAGCACAAGAAGUUGGAGGCUGGCCUGGUGACCUGUGUGUACUGGGCGGGCAAAGACCAGACAGUGGCGAAGGUGGAUGCCUCCGGGGGCGAGGAAGCGGAGGCCAGCCGCUGGUCGGUAAAGGGCUGUUGGGUGGCAUACUCCGAUGAGAACUACACCAUUUGCAGCUGUUCCCACCUCUCCACCUUCGCUCUCAUCCUGCAGAUCGGAGACCCUCCUCCAGAGGACCCCUUCCUGGAGUGGCUGAACAGAGUAUGUGUGACCAUCGGCCUGUUCUUCUUUGCGCUGGCCAUCGUGACCUUCCUCCUGUGCAGCUGGAACGCCAAGAUCAACAACACGGCCCGUCUGCACCUCUGCAUCAGCCUCGCCUCCUCCCACUUCCUGAUGCUCUGGAUGGACCGAUACGUUGACAAUAAGGUGGCUUGUAAAGUCAUGGCCGGCGUGCUCCACUUCCUGAUUCUGGCCAGUUUCUCCUGGAUGCUCCUGGAGGCCCUGCAGCUCUUCCUGCUGGUCCGGAGACUUUCCAAGGUCCAGGUCAUCCAGAGGGACGGGCUCCCCACACCAGUGCUGUACCUGAUUGGCUAUGGCGCACCGUUUGUGAUUCUGGGCGUGUCUGCAGCGGUGUUCUCUGAUGGAUAUGGUGCCACAGACUCACAGGCGUGCUGGCUAUCGACAGAACGCAGCUUCAACUGGGCUCUGACAGGGCCUGUGGUCGCUCUCCUUGGUAUGAAUUUGGUGCUGUUCUUUGCCACCCUGGUGUGCCUGAGGCCCACCCUGGCCAGCAUGAAGAGUGAUGUGUCGCAGUCCAAGGACACCAGGCUGAUCGUGUUCAAGAUCCUGGCCCAGUCUGUCAUCCUGGGCUGCACUUGGAUCCUGGGCCUGUACCAGGCCAACCUCUUCUUCCAGGUGCUCUUCAUCCUGCUCAACUCCCAGCAGGGCACCUUCCUCUUCAUCGUGCACUGUCUGCUCAACAAGGAGGUAAGGGGAGAGUACAUCAAAUGGCUGUCCUGCUCAUUCAGGAAAUCUGGAAAUGCUGGAACAGCGAAAGACUUUCAUUCCGGUUCAGACAACAUGGACGCCAUUGAGGAGCAAGAAAAGAAGUGAUGGUGAAAAGAGGAGAAUAAAAAAAGGAAAGCAAUGGAUGUAAAACAUUAUGCCUUAGAUUAAUGUAUUCAUAACACAUGUAAACACUAGGCAAAAACUGUUCCAUGCAUCAUGUGUAAGUCCCUUUCUCGUGUCAAGGUUUGUUUGUCAUUGUUUUGUUAUACCCACCCUUUUUGUCUGGUAAAUAAGUAAGUGAAAAAAGUGUAAAAUAUCCUUACUUUUGAGUUCGAUAUUGUCAUGUUCACAUAAUAUACUGAUUAAAUUACAACUUCAUACCAAUUCAAAGUUCACCCAUUUAGAUUUGAAGAAGAUUAUUUAAUCAAGGUAAAGUUCCCAUCUCCUUUGUCCCAAAUCGACCACAGAGCCAAGAUGCAUUGUUUAAUCCUUCAUUCUCUCACAGAAUACCCAGACAACAAAUCCCAUCCUGCUACAUGGAUUACUCCGUUGUUGUUAAUUAUCACAAACAAUGUGUCAAAACACAUGACAAGGGAUGUCCCAUCUGUACAGGGUUCCGUUCUGAAAAAACUUGCUUCAAACACUCUGCAAUGCAUUCUUUGUUCCACUUGACAUGCAGUAAACGGCCCUCUUAUUGCAUCCAUAUCGGUAAACAUCAUUCACAUAAUGAUCACUUCCUGUUAUGUGUAUCGAUCGUUCAUCUCGUUAGCAGUCGGCGCUACAAGCCAAUGUGUUCCACUGCGGGAUGUGAAUACAAGGAUGCUUUUGAACAUGUCAGUGUGCAGUUGUAUCGCAACAGUAUUGUUUUGGAUACCGGCUUCCCCUGAAAGAGUGCUAGCCUACUUUCUGUUAUCGAACAGGGAAACAACCUCAAAAGCAAAAGUUUCCAAAACAUGGAUCUAUUAAAAAAUGGACACUAGUCAUGGGUGAUUCAUGAAUAACUAGUUCUCUUUGAACAAAUCUGUUGUGCGAUCCAACCCUACGAUCCAAAUCUGCGAGGGGAUCGUACAUUUCAUUGAUUCUUUCUUGGAUUUGCACAUGCGCAAAAUGUCUAAGAUCUGCUACGUAUGAUCUGUAGUGGAUCGUUCAUUUACUUCCUAUUGAUCACUAUUGACCCUUUUUUUAUUUGAUGUUUGCGUAUUAAAGUAGAUCCUCAGACACAGGUGCAUGGUUUUUUAGUGUUCCAAACAAAAGAAGAAUUAUGGUGAUUGAUUUUGAAAAAAUUUGAAU